UUGGGUUCCACUUUGAUUUACAUUCUGUUACUAAUCUAUUUUUAAAACUUUGUAGUUGUAAAUCAGCUAAACAUAAAUAAUUCAACACUCAAAAUGCUUUAUCAUAAUAACGUAUCCGUAUUGUUAGAAAUGCCGCAAAAGAAUUUGGCCGAACAAUUCUGGACCAUUGUUGCAGAUCACUGUAUAGAAAAUGUUAUACUUCUGGUAAAGGAAAAUGAAAAGGUGGCAGAGUUUUAUCCCAAGUUAGAUGAUGUUUUUAGAAUGAAAAGUUUAGAGAUAUAUCUUGAUUCUGUCGAGAGGACGAAUAAAAACAUCAUGCUGUUAGCAUUCAAUUUGCAGAACAAGACAACACAGAAGAGGCGCAAUGUUAAAAUGUUUAAAACAAAUGUUUGCAAAUCUUUUUCUGUGGAAGCAAUGUGUUGUAUCCUGGGUAAAGCAAGUGAAGUGACUGAUGCACCAGUUCUUAUAAUCAAUUGUAAGAAGAAUAACCUGUCGGUUUGUGGAGUACUCGCAGUUUGUUUAAAUGUUAUCUAUGCAAUUAAAAAUGGAAGCACCUUCAGCCUUCUGGAAAACGCAAUGGUAGCAAAUAAAAAUGAAAGAGGUUUCUUCAAGAAUUUUGAUGACUAUGAAUUAUGUUACAAAGUGAUUGAAAACUAUUUAGAAACAGUAAAUACUUACGAUUUUAUUGAAUAGAAUGACUACAUGUAUCUCAACAGUAUUUAAACAGGGAA